AUUAUUGUAUUUUUGUUAAAUUACCAUUGCAUUUUAUAUUUCAGAUACCUAGCAGAAGAGUGGUUGUUGUCAUAGCACUCACUUGUACAUGCCUUGUGCUUUUGGGGGUUUUCGUGGAGGUACAGUUUUUGAAUUUCUGCACCAUUUGCUAUCAAAGAGCCUUGAGCCAUGAACGUGAAAGAUUUUUCACACUUUUACCAAAUCUAAGCUGCAAAAAGAAUCCGCCUUUUCUGGUUCUGUUAAUAACCAGCACCCAUGGUCAACAAGCUGCACGAAUGGCAAUCCGACAAUCAUGGGGAAAGCCAAGAACCAUCCGAAAACAAAAUGUAGUUGCCUUCUUUCUUCUGGGUUCCACUGUGACAUUGCAACAUGAAGACCAAGCCAAUCUUGUUGAUGAACACAAUAAAUACAAUGAUAUUAUUCAGAAGGAUUUUAUUGAUGUAUAUUUCAAUCUAACCCUUAAAACUCUUAUGGGACUUGAAUGGAUUCAGUAUUUUUGUCCAGAAACAACCUUUGUGAUGAAGACAGAUACAGAUAUGUUUGUCAAUACAAUAUAUCUUGUUGACUUGCUUCUACAGAAAAAAGUUACUGCAAACUUUUUUACUGGUUUCUUAAAAUUAAACGACUCUCCUAUACGUAACCCAAAGAGCAAGUGGUAUAUUAGUAAACUUGAAUAUCCAUAUGACAAAUAUCCACCAUUUUGCUCAGGGACGGGUUACGUGUUUUCUGCAGAUGUGGCACUGAAGAUCAUGAAUGUCACAUCAAGUGUACCAUUUUUUAAACUGGAGGACGUCUAUGUAGGAUUAUGCUUGGACAAAUUAAAAAUACCUCCACAGGAGCUCCAUAACAAGCAAACCUUUUUUCCUGUGGUAGUGCCUUUCUCAGUGUGCAAGUACCGAAAUAUUGUAACUUCCCAUAGAGUGCAACCAAACAAUAUUCUACUUUAUUGGGAAGCUGUAGAGCGGUCAGAAAAUCAAGAAUGCUAAAAAACAAUCACUGCCUUUCAGUGGUACCAAUCUUGUUCAAUAUCACGUGUGACUCUGACAUGGAAAAGGAGCUAACCUUUUGGUAUCUUUCCACAAUGUAAAUGUUUUUUUUUUUUUCAAGUAAAAUCAAGUUGAAAAUGUUAGACAAGUCAUUACUAGCUGGCUCCAGCACCUUUUUGGUUAAUACAACCUACUUUUUCUUUAAAAAAACCAUAUUUGUUAAUAUAGUCUUUUGUUUAUACUAAUUUAUUUUUGGGCCAGGAUUAGUGUCAUUUUGUUUCAUGCAGCUCUCUUCUAAAUCCUAAAAAAAUGUGAACAGGGAAACUGAAAUGUUCAUAUUGCUUGUAGUAGCUGUAAACCACAUCAGCUGAAAUGUUAAAUAUUCUAAAGGUAGAAAUAUUUAAAAUAAAUCGAAAAUCAUAUUGCAAUAUUUAGGCUAAAGUAGCUGAUUUUGAAAUAGAUAUCCACAGCUUGACUAUUUUUGCCUAAAUUUUGCCAUUAAGUUUUCAAUAAAAAAAAUUUCGGUGUUGAGUGAUAAGCUCCUCUGUGUUAGAUUUAGCAGAUGUCCAAGUGAUAACAUGGUUAAAUGAAAAGUGUCAAGAUGCUCAGUUAACUAUGAUCUUCUUUUUGUGUGUGUG